UUUAGUAACAGCGUCUCUCCUUGAUAGCCAAUGGAAAACAUCAACAUUGAACCGGAAGCGGAAGUAGUUUAGACCUGCAACGGAGAAAGGGAAGAUAGAAAGAAUCUCUGCACCGAGAGCGAACCGGAGAGUAAGCAGUUCCAAGCAGAUCUGAAUGCAUCAUUUUAAUCUCAUGUUUGGAAUCCAGCAUCCAUGCCCUAUCUGUCAUGCUUACCUGUUUAUACUUCAUAUCAUUACACUAAUGUGCUAAUGAAUGGCUGAAAAGAAUACAUGGCAGACACGGGGUUCAUCGGACACCCUCUCAUAUCCACAGGUUCACAAGGCCAUUCAAGAGCUCAGCAAAGCCUGGGAGACUCUCUCUAACACUAAAGCUACUCUGAGACACAUUGAAAAUAAGCUGGAUGUAGCACCUACAAGCCCUUCUGAGUUUGACCCAGUUAUGGAAACCAAGAGACAGUCGAGUAACGCCACUCGUAAAAUUAGUCGAAAGGAUGGACGGUAUCUGGACUCUGGUGCACGUAUAAGCAAAUUGUCCCAAUCAAACAAAUCCAAAAGAGAAAAGUCAUCUCGCAGCCCCCUUCGUGUUACUACGCUGGAGAGCAAUGUCAAGGCAACCAGCCAUGUUGCAUUCAGAGAACCUUUGGCAUCAUAUAGGGAGGCUCUUAGUGACCCAUCUGCGUUAUCUGAGAGGAGCACUAUGCAGCCAUCAAAUGAAAGAUUUACAGGUGCUCGUGAGGAAAGGGACUUUGAUAGCACACGUUCCUCUGCAAUUGAUGAGACUUCUGUAAGAUACCUAAAUGACCGACCAGCUAUUGAUGCUUUGGAAGAUCGGUUACCUGGUCCUUUCAGCGAUGUUACAGGCUUUGCCUCACUAACAGACCACAGGGGUAUUGGAUCAUUAGACAGUUCUCACCCUGUUCCUUCGUUCAGCCCUUCAAGCCAAAGGCUGGAGACCUUGAAAAGACGUCAGCCUGAUGCCAAACUGGAGAAGCUGAAGGAACGUAUACGCCGACAGUGGGAAGUUUCGGGGGAGAGGGAUGGCAAAGAACGGUUACCUGGGUCAGUAAACUAUACAGAGACUGUUACCUCUGCAAAGACCCGUAAAGUGGCAUCUGCGCCACCUCCACCUGUCUAUCAAGGUUUUAAUCCUCCAGUGACAAAAAUUCGCACACCAGAUGGGAAACUGUGGCAGGAAGAGGAAUUUAACCAUCUCAGUGCACAGCUUUAUGGGAACCUGCUGACUGCUCCCCAAGAAAAACUAUCAAUCAAUGAAAAAUCACAAAUGAAGAGAACAUCCAGGCCGGUUAGAAAAGUGCAGAGAUUUACAGAGACUGGUGGUUCAGGAAGUCCUGAAGGCAAGACAGUCAAGGGACACCUCAUAAGUACGUCGUCCUGGAGAGAGGGUCAGAAGUUGGUGAAACAGAUUCUAGGCCCUGGACCGAAAUUGGAAAAGGAAUCAAAACCUUUACCCAGUGACAGUCAUGUUGACAAAGUGACUUCAUCUGCCAUUAGACAGAUGUCCAAAAGGCAUACGUCCAGUGAGAGACAGAGAGACCAGCGACCCACAUCCAAAGAUGAGCAGCCUGAUAAAAGGACAUCUUCAAGAGAGAGACAGAUUGACAGUCAGACAAAGCCCACAAAAUCAGUCCGGCAAUCUGAAUCUGGUCAUUACAAUGAAAAAUCGUGCAAGGAUCCAACUCCCAGCACAAGCAGUUUGAACAAUAACACAAAGUCGCAUGCACCUCUUGAGGUUGAGUCGACAGAAGUGAAGAAGGAAUUCCUGGCUCAGGAGAUCCGAGGCAUUUUAGAUGAUUUGCAGCUGGAUAGUAGAACUGAUGUGCCAAAGCAGACACAAAAAAGAAGUCAUAGUCCCACAAAAAGGAAGUCUGAAAAGGGAUCUGUCCCAGAGGAGCAGCAAAUAUUAUCAAAGAGGAGACAUUAUGAUACAGAACAGGUACGGCUUUACAUUCUGCGUCAGCAGGAAGAGAGAAAGAAGAGGCAGGCAGAGGAGAGAGAGGCGCAUCGCUUGGCCGAGGAGCAGAAGAACAAGCGAUUACAAGAGCUUUACCAGAAACAGAAAGAGGCUUUUUGUAAAACAAGAAUAGCGAAUACAAUUCAUCGUUUGCAAGUGACGGAAACACAUCAGCCUGUCACCAAUCAGAUGUUGGAAUCCAAUACACACCCAUCUAUUGAAGCCCAUGCCAGGUUGCUUCUGGGACAUACCUGGUCAGAGCCAAUUGCACAAGAAAAGCGGCCUUUAUAUCAGCCCUCUGGUGAAUCUGACAAGGAGAACAAAGGUCAGGAGCGUUCCCUCAGCGCCUCUUCCAGCAGUGAUUUGUCCCUCUCAGAGCCACUUCUCAGGAGCAACUUAAUGGAAACCUAUUGUCGACAAACAGACCAGCUUACCUCAAAGAGCCCAUUACCUCCCACUGUGAAUCAGGCCCCUGGAGGAACAGGAAUUCUCUCUAAGCUACUCACCAUUCCUAUAGAUUUUGAUUCGUUACUGAACUCUAAGAAAAGUGCCACCAGUUUGGUCUCAGACAGGACAGGUCUCCAAGGGAAGCCACCUGCCAACAAUUUCAGGAGUAAUCUGGAUCGCAUUGAGACUCUAAAGGCAACAGCAGUAUCUCUCUCCUCCAGAAUUGAGAGUGAAGCUAAAAAGUUAGCUGGAGGGUCUCUAGGAUUUCAGUCGGCAUGGGACACCGCUCCUGAACCCAAUCCCCAUACUAAACCAGCCUGGAAGAAACCUGACAGUCCUCCUGAGAGAGAGUGUGGAGAAGAUGCUUUCUCAGCCAGGAUACAGAAAAUGCUUAGCACCUGUACAACUCACUUUCCCCCAAAGGACCUUCCUGGAGCCAUCAGUGUAUAUCAGAAACUUCCUGAGGAGUUUCAUCUACAUGCAACUCCCAUAUCUGGAAAAUGUGAGGUUAGAGAGGAAGAACAAUCCAUAAAGAGAGAUGGCAAGAAUGGUCGACCUCCAGAAACCUCUCCUAAAAACAACCUUUCUCAAAACUCUAGUCUCAGCUCAAUCAGUGAGGGGCCCUUGCUGAGUGAUGGGAGUCUGUCUGAGGGUGAUGGGGUGCCUAGUAGAGGAUCUCCCCUUAAUGCAGCUGAAGUACUGAAAAGUAAAGAGUUUUGCAUCAGGGAUGCCAAAUCCUUUGAGCCCAUUGCUGAAUUCCAGAGGGCGGCAGAUAAGUAUGCACCACUACCUUCCUCUAGUAUUGAGUCAAAAGUCAAAGGUCCCUGGGAGGAACUGGCCAAGGGAAGUCCUAACAGCGUCAUAAAUAUCUUCACAAAAUCGUACCAUCUGUAUGGCAAAGUGCUAGAUGGACAAUUAGAGGAAAGUAUAGGAGAAUAUCAAGUACACUCAUCUAUAAACAGCCGCCAUGAUAGUAUCUCCUAUAAAGAUGACUUUACUUCAUUCCCAGCCAGUGAGACGACAUCUGAUACACAUAAAGGCAGCCAAUCAAGCGUGAAUUCCAGUGCUUCCAGCAUAAAGGAGGAACUCCCAAUUGCCAAACAUAGAAGUGAGGUGAUAUCGCCUCAUUCCUCUGGGACUAUAUCUGCAGUUUCAUCUCCUUCAUCCUCAUCCUCACAGCGAGGCAGCAAACAGCGAAAAGGACGGCAAAAUGGUAUCAACCAACUUCCUUUGGAACUUAACCAAGGUUCCUUGGGUUAUGAUCAUAAAGGUCAAGGGAGCAGGUCUCAGUCACUGUCCCCAGGGAGGGAGCUGCCUGUUGUCUCAGAUACAGACAGUACUGUGGGAGAGUUUUCUGCUCAUUCAGUAGCAAGCAGUAUUGUGUCUGAUUCUGGAAAAACUUCAAGAAGCCAUCACCCCAGUGUCAAGGAAACAGUUUCUCAAGUUCCAGUACCACCGGGACACCUGGCAGGAUCUGUACAAGCAGGUUCCAUGAGGUUUUCCCCUGCAGUACUGCAACAGCAUAUGUCAGCAGAGCUAAAUUAUCUUAGUGCCAUGGAGGAGUCAGUGCGCCAGUUGUGUGAUGUGGAGCGGGCACGUGGGAUUUCAUUAGCCCAGCAAGAAACUGUUUCAUUGGCACAGAUCCUGAAGGCGCAACAGCAGCGUCACGAGCAGAACAUGGCUGCACUGAGGCAGCAGGCGGAACAGGAGGCCCAAGCAAGCCUGAGGCAGCUCGAAGAGACACGGCAGAAAGCAGCACAGGCUCAGGUAGAAAUCCUACAGCGGUUCCAGAAGACACAGGAGACAUCCGCUUCACACAAGUCACACCGUAUACAUGAGGAUAUGGAACGUGAUUACCUCUCAUCUAUCAGUUCAAAUCAUACUUCUCUUACUGAACCGCCGAAAAGAUCCCGUGCGCACGCAACCAGAAAAAAAGGAUCACGUUCAGUCUCUCCCUCUUCUCAACCUAACAGCAGCUCAUCUAGUUCCAGAGAGCAUGUGCACAGCAACAGCAGUGCUCAAGAGAGCCCUCCACCUGCCUCUAUGGUGGAAGGAACCAUGACUCGCAGUGAACUAGACGAGAGCAUACAAGAAGAACUUAGAUCACCUGGGAGCGUGUCAAUACCAGAGGACAUCACCCCUUCCAUAAAGGAGAAAGAUACAAGCUCACCCCUUUCCGUGAAGGAAGAAGGAAUUGAGGAGUUAUCAUUCCGCUCAUUGCUCCCCUCCGAGUCCCAUCGAAGAGGCAGCUUGGAGAGACAGCGCAGCCAGCGGCAUGAAUCUGAUGAGGAAAGCACUCCGGACAAGGAACUGAGUGGCCCUUUUUCAAGUGGACAAGACAGCUUCUGGCGCUUUACCAUGGAGAUGGUGCGGCAAUACAUGCAGGAAGGAGAGAUGCGUUCAGCACAUCAGUCCGCCCUCCUCCGCUUACGACAGAAAGCUCUUAAGGAUAAGACCAAGGCAGAACUCGCAUGGCUGGAACAUCAAAAGAGGCGACUCAGAGAUAAGGGAGAAGAUGAUAAGAUGCCUCCGCUCAGGAAACGCCAGCGUGGUUUGUUAUUGAGACUACAGCAAGAACAGGCAGAAAUAAAACGCCUUCAGGAAGCAAACAAAGCUGCUCGUCGUGAACGACAACUCAUAUUAAAACAGCAAGAAGAAAUUCAGCGCAUCCAGAACAGCACCUUGAGACUGCAGGAGAAGCUGAAAUCUGCAGAAAGUGGGCAGCUGGAACUGCCCAGCGAGGGAGAUGUUCAGCCCAGUUCUUUAUCCAGCCGUUUGCCAUCUGAUGCUGAUAGCAGAAGCCAUUCUCCAGUAUCUGUAUCAGGCAGUGAAACCAGCAGCAUUAUGCAAAAACUAAGGAAAAUGCACAGCCACACGGAUGCCAAAGACAUCUGCCCUGUUCACUGCUUCUUCUCUGUCUUUACGCCCCAGCACUGGGCCUCUCUCAGUGUGUGCUUUCCCAAACUUCACCCCAAAUUCCAGCUCUAUAUCUGCCGCCAGCUGCUCAGGUUCUUGACCAAAAGGGAACAGCAACUCGUGCAGAGGAGAUUACAUGCCCAGGAACUGCUGGAGUGGAAAAGGAGGCUGGAUGCUGAAGAGCUAGAGAUUAGGCAAAUCGAGAAGCAGGCUCUGGCUGCAUGGGAAAGGCCUAGAUUAAAAACAAAAACUCCUACCCCAGACACAAGAGAGAGAAUAGAAGGAGAAAAAGAAAGCAGGGAAGAAUCUCCAAUCCCACUGAGUCCUCUAAUAAACAGCAAGACCUCGGCUAGUUCCAUACCUGAGUAUGUGCCCUCUGAGAGCAUUGAGCCAUCAACUGUACCUGAACAAAUAACGGAGCAAAGCGUGGAGCACAGCAGCAUCUCUGAAGACCUGGUAGAGUCUCCACCCAAUAAAGAGUCAACACGUAGAAGCAGCCUAUCUAUGGUGGCAGAGGUGGAAUCAAGCAAAAGCAGCCUGAAGACUGUGGGACAGCAACAAAUUCAGCUGCCGUUGAGACCUCAGCAGCUAUCACAUACGUGGUCUGAAGAAUCCUUAUCCGUGACACAUUCAGAAACUACCUCUGAUCAGAGCGAUAUAGAGGGCCGUGUCCGAGCCCUAAAGGAUGAGCUAAGGAAACGAAAAUCAAUUGUAGACAAUUUAAAAAAGGAGCAGAAGAGAAGGCAGAAAGAAAGGCUGAGGGCUCAGGAAGCCAUCUUACUUCAGCAGUUACAGUCAUAUGAUGAGUUUAUUAGGAAAACACAAGCCGAACUCAGUGGAGAACAAGGGACCACACCCAGUGCAAAAUAUGGCACUAAGGCAGCAAAUACCAGAGAAGUGAUACUUGCCCGGACUGACACUGCAAACAGGAUUGACAGUAAGUCACUUUUAGAGAAUGAUCAUCUUGUGGAAGACAGAGUACUCUCUGAUGGGAGCCGAAGCCAACAGAAGUCACCAAUCAACAUUAAGGAUAUUGAUGUAGAGAGUGUUAGUGAACAAUCUUUGCACACGACAGCUGCGAUAUCAACUGCUAAAAAGGAUGCUCUCUCUGAAGUUAAGUCUCUUCCUCAGUCACCCCAAUUAGGAGAUAUUUUGUUAAAGUCUUUACACAGCAGCCCAGAGUCUAGUAUCCAUUCAGAGGUACCAGAUGAGAUGUUGGAGACACAAAGCCAUUCAUCACUAUCUCCUUUGCCUCCUUUGAAUCUUAACUUGAGAAGUCCAACACCAGAAGAUAUCCUCUCUCCCCACAGAGAUGUCACAUACUCAGAGGAUUUUGAGUCAUCUUCCCCUAGGAAACCAUCAGUUUCUGAAACGCCCCGUGAGGAGUUGGAAUUUUCAUAUACUACCACACCUGGACGGGAUCUUCCUAGUGAAGGGUUUGUUGAACCUGUGGAAGAUGAUCAACACAGGUCUCAGAGCCCCCAUUCACAGAUAGCAUUGGUGAGCAACCCUCCCUCUCAAGAGCCUCCACAGUCUAGCAAUGUUAUUGAUCCCCUAUCUGGCUUUAUGGUCGGUGACAGAGUUCUAGUAAGUGGAGUACAGCCUGGCACAUUGAGAUUUAAAGGAGAAACUCUCUUUGCAGAAGGAAUAUGGGCAGGUGUAGAGCUGGACAAGCCAGAUGGCAACAAUGAUGGAUCACAUGGAGGCAACCGCUAUUUUACUUGCGCACUUCCACAUGGAAUAUUUGCUCCUCCUGUUAAGAUUGCUCGUCUUACGGAGGAGCAGUUUCUUCCUCACACAGACCACUGGUUCUUUGGAGAUAAAAAAGCUUAUGAACACAAGGAUGAGGCUGAUGGUUAUCUAAGCCCGUCAGUUCAUGUGGAAGUACCCAAAAUUCCAGAAAUAUCACUUUCUAAAAGCACAGAAUCUAGUAUCUCUGAAUUACUCAGCACAGCUCUGGAAGCAAAGGUUCCCCAGCCUGACUUGCAUGUUGACAUUCCUAUAGCUACUCAUAAUCUUGAGGAGCAGAACAAGAGGUCUUCAACCCCUCUUCUUAACCUGCUAAUCCAAGAAAGGAAUCAGGUACCCACUUACAGGGAGCCGUCACAAGAGGUGAGCACAAUAUCAGAGAGCCUUCUUCAAAUGUGCCUGAAGGACACUGUAAGCUACCUCCAAAACUUAAGAAAACAGCGAGCAGAGAAGAUUCGGCAGUGCAACCAAGAACUGAAAAAAAUUUCUGUUAGCCCUGACUUAAACAGAGAGAAUGAAAAGACUCCAAAUGAAGAUCUUCAGCCUCAAACACUUCCAUUUUUUGAAGAACAUGCUGACAUGGGUAAGAUAUCUCCUGAACCAAUCAGAAAUCUACUCCCUGUCUUGGAGGAACAAGACUGGUUUGAUGAGGAUUUUGGACUAAGUUCUCAAAGAGCUCAUCAGCAGAAGCUGGACCAUAUUCCAUUUACAGAGUCCUCACCAGAGCCAUGCCUGCUAGUUCCUCACCCAGAGCCUGCACCCCAGCCUGUGAUAGCUUUGCCCCAACCAGAGCCAUUUAUGGCAGUGCCCCACACUUCUUCUGAAGUGGAGCAGCUUGUGUGUCACGCGACUGACGAGCUAUGGAGAUGGAAACACACGGAUGGAGAUCUUCAGAACAUCCGGACAGUGUACAUCCAGGCUAAGGAAACUGAAGAGAGUCCAGCUAGUUGUUCCUACAGAGCCGUUGUGUUUGACCUUACAUUGAACAUAUUUGAUGAAAUUUGCUCACCAGACCCUAGGGGUUCCCAGCCUCUUUGGAAAAAAACAGUUCAAGUUUCUUCUUCCUAUGCCCGUCGCGUGAGGGACCCGCAAAACUUACAGGAAGUGAAGUCUUUUUUGAUAGAUGAGGUUCUAAAUCUCCUUAGUCUGAAGAAAGAGCAAAGUCAUAAAACAGACUGGCAGAGAAUGAUCAAGUUCGGGAGGAAGAAGAAAGAUCGAGUCGACCAUAUAUUGGUUCAGGAACUUCACGAGGAGGAGGCACAAUGGGUGAAUUACGACGAAGAUGAACUAUUUGUAAAGAUGCAGUUGGCAGAUGGGAUCUUUGAGGCCUUAAUCAGGGACACAGUUAAUGUCCUGCAACGCAUCCAGGAAAAGAGGAACAGCCCACUUUUAGUGUGACACAUUAAUACCCUUAUACACAGGAAAUCUACGUGGCCACAGUGUACCAGAGCUCUCCCUACAUAGAAGGGCAUAGCUGGUGCUUACAAGGAUGAAGUGCUUGGUGUUGAGGAGCCCAAGUCCUCCGUUUGAAAGAGAAGCAUGCAAGCUCAGCCGAGGAGCGGUACUGUCCCUCCUUUACCGACCUUUAAGUCCAAGGCUCAGUUUGUGUUUAACAUGCAGGGAUGCUUCCUUUACACUUGAACAUUUUUUUUAUUUUAACUUAUUUACAGAUUUAUGUAUUACAAGAUAGGGGAUAUAGUGAGCCUCUGUAUGGGGGGUGUACCCAGUCUGAUGCAGUGACAUUGGUCGGUCUUCAAUGAGGCUAUAGAAUUGCAUCAGUGCAGAAUAAUGCUGGAGAGUUGUACUUUGUUUAUAAAAAAAAAAAAAGCAUUAACUUAGCAUGAACAUUUCCGAGGCAGGGCGUGUACCGCUGCCUCCGCAAGUGUCCUUAACUUCUUGCAAUACUUGAAAUGUUGGACUUACAGGGCCUUUUCUGGGCAAUUAUCUACCCAAAUAAGAGCUUUGUAUUGAGACUCUAGGAUUGGAAGAUGUUUUUAUUGUAAUCUGUUAAUUGUUGUGUAAUCAAAUUACCAUUUAGAAAAAGGGUGAUACCCAUAGUAGCUCAGCGUAAACCUAAUAAUUUAUUUAAUUAGCACUAACACCUGACAUUCAUUUUAUGUAGAAUAGGGUCCUAUGGAUCUUAAAAUCUGCACAAGACGCAUGCGAAGUUGCACAUCUUUGUUUUCAACUAGGCAACAGUUAUCUUGAAACUGCAGUUUUCUAAAAGCAAAUGUGACUUAAUUUGAGUCUCGUUCCUGAGCAUUUCAAGAUAAGCACUUAGCCUCACUCCACACAUUUCAAGCUGUGUGAUUCAACAGUAUAGAUAGUUUUCAUUUAGUUUACAAUUGGUCGGACAUUGACCCACAGAAAAUACAGCUACCUCCAUGUUACCAUUUUGUAUUAAUACCAACAAAUAGUAGUUGGCAUGUGAGGGUAUCUCUGAUUUCAGAGGAUAAUGAUGUGUGGUCCGUGGAAUUUUUAUUUUUUAUAAUGUUCUCAAUUUUCAGCUAAAGGGCAAUUUAUUUAUUGAAGCUAGACAUGCAGACGAUGUGCUGCUAAGGUUUUCUAAUUCCAGCAAGUAGUAUGCUGUGAUGUAAAUACUACAUCUAGUCUAGCUAAAAGGUUUUGCAAGGAACAUGCUGGUGUAGUCUGUGUUACUUGGAGCACAGCCAAAUAACCUGGCUCACAUUUUUGUUGAACAAAGCCUUAUUGGCUUUGACACAUAAUUUAUACUUAAACUUGUAUAAAUGUACUUUUAUUGUCAGAUUUUUUUAAUUUAUUACCAUUGCAGCACAAUGUUUUACAUGUCUCGGUGAAGAAAGCGAUAGGCACAGAAUGCUUUGGAGUUGUCGCAGCACACAACAGGCUAGUCCAUAAUAAUCCAUACUAACACUUUGCUGACAGAGUGCUUGCUCUACAGAUCUAUUCAGUGAUCUGUGGCAAGUGUUACUUGAUCUUCCCAACUCACUCCAAUGAUUUGUGCAUUUUCAGAAUCAUGUACUUGUUGCCGGAAGUGCUGCACUUUAAAGGUUCCGGUCUCUAUACCCCUGUGAUUUACCUCCAGGAAACUGUAAUUAAACUCUACGCUGUAAAUAAAUAUUGAUUUGUACAUGA